AUAUAUACUCAUUAGUAGCAUAACUCGCUGCAUAGUAAACCUGAAACGGGUAGACGAUACAAUAUGUUUAGUAUUCCAGUACAAGUAGACAAGUAAACAUGACUGCUCCAAUCGUUCCAUUCGAACAAUAUUUUAAAGGAAAAAAGUUCAUCGUUACGGGUGCUAACGCAGGUAUUGGAGAAUGCAUUACUAACCGUUUGGUAAAUAUGGGAGCCCAUGUGUUUGCUGUUGGACGUGAUCCCAAGAAACUUCCACCAGCUUCUUCUAAUCUAACUCCAGUAGUUGCUGACGUCGGUAAAUGGGAUGCCUAUGACACCAUUAAAGCCCUGGGACCAGUCCAUGGCUUAGUAAAUAAUGCCGGAGUAGCAUUCAUAGAAUCUUUUUUCGAGAUGACACAAGAAGGAUGGGACACUACUCUUAAUGUAAAUGCCAGAGGAGUUGCUCGAGUCAGCCAGGCUGUUGCUAAGAACAUGAUAGAAGCUGGAAUCAAAGGAUCUAUUGUUAACGUUUCCUCUACAAUAUCUGAAAGAGCUAUUCCAGAUCACACAUCAUAUUGCGCAUCAAAAGGAGCUGUUAAUCAAGUCACUCGAACAAUGUGUGUAGAAUUAGGUCCUCAUGGUAUUCGUAGCAACAGUGUUAACCCUACGGUUGUUAUGACCAAGAUGGGAAUUAAGGCAUGGUCUGAUCCAGCCAAGUCCAAUCCAAUUUUAAGCAGAAUUCCUCUUGGAAGAUUUGCAGAAUGUGACGAUGUGGCUAAUGUCAUGUUGUUUUUAUUGAGUGACUACUCAACAUAUGUUAAUGGUGUGUCAAUUCCAGUAGAUGGAGGAUUUUUGUCUGGUUAAACUGACCAAAAAAGAUAAAAUCAAACUGUAUAACCGACGACUGCUUCAUAAACAAAAUAUAAUGCUUUAUAAGUGAUACUUGGAUUCGAAUAUUUAAAAUUAAUAAAACUCAUUUAAUUUAAGACUUUAUAUUUUAUUUUAGUUUUAUUUUUUUAUAAUUUUUAUAAAUCAUUUAUUACUAUUUUUUAAAAUAGUUCAUAGAAUAACAUUUACUUAUAGUUUUAUUUUGUACAUCGAAUAAAUUUUAAACUAAAAUAAAAAAAUUAUUUGUGAAA